AUGCCGGAACACAGUCCAGCGCCGACUCCGCAUAGAGCCAUCUACGGAUUCGCAUUUUACAUGCUGUUCAGCGUGCUCUUCUUUGUGUAUGUGGCGUGGGCCUAUCUGCCCGUGGAGCUGGGCCUGCAUUCCUAUUUACCGGACAAGUAUUUCGCUGUGUUUGUCCCGGUGCUGAUUCUGGUGGGUGUCUCCUUUGCUGUUAUCAUCUAUCCGGCCAUCAAUCUAUCGAUGACACCGAAUAUUGAUUCCGUUGCCUCAGUCGUGGAUCUCAAACUGGCACUGCCUAAGGGCUCCCAGUUCACAUCCUGGUCCCAGCUGCAAUGUAAACAAUAUGAAACUUCGCCACCACAGAAUACAUCAGCUCCUACUCAUCCAUGUAGUAUAUGCCACAUGGAGCACCAGGCAAAGAGUCGUGCGCCCAUUCCUCCACUACGAUUUCUAGACUUACAAGAAGUAAACUCCACAUAUUACAACUAACAAA